UGCCACAGACAUCCUCAAGUCCCCUCUGAUCAUCUUCGUGAUGGGCGGCCCAGGCUGUGGCAAAGGGACGCAGUGCAAGAAUAUGGCGACCAAGUAUGGCUUCUGCCACGUAGGGCUGGGCCAGCUACUGCGACAGAGGCUCAAAGGAGCACGCAGCGGGGCUGGCAGAUCUGUGACAUCAUGCUGCAGGAGCUCCUGGUGCCCGCAGUGGACUGGUCCCCAGUGUCAUCAGUUUGACUGCUCCACGGAGACGAUGGUCCGACGAGUGCUACACUGGGGCCAAGUGGAGCACUGGGCAGACGACUCGGAGCUGGCCAUCUGCCAGCGCCUGGACACGCACUACACCUUGUGUGAGCCAGUCUUGACCUUCUACCAGCAGAAGACCCUGCUCCAAAACAUCCUGGCAGAGGAAGCACCAGAGACCAUCUUUGCCAAGCACUGCUGUCAUUGAGAGUCUGCAGUGAGAUGGAGGGGCUGGGGGUGGGCCUUGCCCCUCACCAGAACCCGUGCAGGACGUGGGAGGGUGCGUGCCUAGAUGAGGCCUCCAGAAAUGAGGGGUGAUGCCCCUGUGAUUCCAGA